AGAAGAAAAAAGGAACUUAUCCCAAGCCUCUUGCACCACAACCGCCUCAGCAGCAACAGCCACCUCAAACUCAUCCAGCAGUUGUAGAUUUAGCGCAGCACCAACCGACAGCUUUGACGUAAAGUAUCAAUUGCCAACGAAAAGAACGAAAUGGAUUUGGACGCAAUGGAUCCCGCUGAACUCGAGCAAGAUUUGGACUUGAUGAACGCAGCCACUAAGAUUCAGGCUUCCUUCCGGGGUCACAUGGCGAGGAAACAAGCGGAGAAGAGCAAAACCGAUGGUGAAAUUACCAAGGAAAUGGAGAAACUUCAAUCCAAGAGUCCAGUGCCGAAUGAGGAGGAACUGGAUGUGGAUUUGAGUGAUCCAUCGCUGAACCACGCCGCUGUCAAAAUUCAAGCCUCUUUCCGCGGCCAUAUGACACGGAAGACUCUCGUUAAAGAUUAAAAAAACCCAAGUCAGAAAAAAAAAAUCAGGAGUAUACGAAAUAGUUAAACGAAAUGGAACCUACAAAAGAGAAACAUUAAUUAACUUUUAAUUUGGCAUCAAACAUACGACGACCAUUUACAUUUUUUGAAACCAACAAGAAAGCGGAUGAUUAUUGUUAAAGAAAGAAACGACACGUUACACAAGAAAAAAAAAACAAUUUUGAAAAAGCACACGAUUCACGAGGGAAGAAAAAAUGAGAAAAGUCAACGUUCACCGUGUCCAAUUACAAAUCAUCGAGUUCCCCUUUUUAUCUUCCUUUCGAAAAAAACUAAAUGAAAAGAAAAAAAUCAUUUUUUUUUUCUUAUUUAUACUCAUGUUAUUCGCAGUCUUUCUAACUCUUUCCCUUUAUAUCCAUCUCGUCUCUUAUAAUUCUAAAAUACCUGUAGUCAUGUUAUGUUCAUCUCCUUCGCUGCUGAAUGCACCAGAAUUUUUCUAUUAGUUUAACUGUGCGGGCCUAUAUAUACAUUUGUUUUUUAGGUUCUGCCUGUAUGAAAUCUCUGUUUUUCAAUAAUCAUCCCUUGAAGAUCCUUUUGUUUGCCCUGCGCCAUCACAUUCAACUCUGUAAGUCAUUUAUAUACACAAUUAUACUGGUGAAUCCCUUCAA